AAUAAAAUGUUUGGAAGUUACAGCAAAGCAGGCAAGAACAGUGGAUUCAUGUUCAGAGAGAAACUUCGAGAAAAGAAGAGCCAAUACUCGGUAAUAACCGCUAAAGAACGUAAGAAGAAGAAAGUCAAGAAAGUUGACCCCAGAAUGGCAUGAUUCAAGUCACUUUCGAGAGAUAGGAGAGCGCUGAUCGAGGGAUCUAGGGAUGUCACAAACAUCCCACCUGUUGGAAAAUAUAAUAAUAACCCCAAGAGAAGAAUCAGAGGAGGGUAUAUCUCCCAGACAAGACAUCCUGACCAAAGUGAUUUUUUAACAAACUUAUCACAUAAGAAGAUUAAUAGCAGGGAUGCUUCCAAUAAUAUUUCUGCUGCAAUGUUGAAGGUUCAGAAAAUUAUCACAGAGCCGAUAUGUGAGAAACUUCUUGGCGUAAUUUCAGGGAAUACAACGAAGAACUCUAAUGACCAAUCCUUCAAAAGGAAGUUUCAUAAAAAGAAAGAUGAGGAAGAGAAGAGGUUAAAUUCUGAUGAGUCAAAAACUGAAGUCAAAAUCAAUAUCGCAAAGAAACCCAAAUCAGCCCACCAAAGAAAAAGACUCAAGGGAAGGGCUCAGAUAAGAGCCAAAACUGCUUGGCAAGACCCUAAUAAAACAGGAUUCAAAGAAAAUAGAACUUCUAGAGACUUUAGGAAGAAUGGCUUUGAUGCCCAAAAGCUUAAAUAUGAGAAUAACAUCUCUCAUUAUGGAGACUUUAGGAACACUACAAGCCCUACAAAGUACAAUCUUGUGAUAUCAAGUAAGGACAGGUACCUUGAGGUAGCCUCCUCAAUUGGCCCUAAAGGAGUGACUUCCCAUAUUCCAGGCGUAGAUUUCGACAAAAUUAUCAAAAGAGAUUCCUUCCUUAACAGUGGGCCUGAUGUGAACGAGAAGAGAUUUGAGCUACUCAAAACUCCAGAAUCAUGGAAUAAAUACAAUAAUAAUUUCCAAGUCAUCCGAGUUAAUAAGACUCCAAAAGAGCAAAGCCAAGAUACUAAGGAUUACAACCCUAAUAAAGAGCCUACAAUGCAGAAAUUAAACACUUGUAUUCCAAAUUUUAAGCUGAAUAAGGACUUUAACCGAACAGGAUUUCUCAAUUUAUGUAAAGAACCUCGGCCCGAAGUGUAUGAAAUCCAGAAAGCUAGAGAAAAGCUCACUACUGUCAAAAGUUUCAGCAUCAAACGGUCUUGCAAAAGAGACUUGAAAAUGUACAAACAAACCGAAGCUUAUGCUAAUAUCCAGAACGAGAAUGAGAAAUAUGACUACAUCCGGAGACUUAUGAGCUCUUAAGGACUAACAAACACAAAGGAAUUUACUUAAAAACCUU